GGAAUAUGUAAGUGGUGGCAAUAUCGGUCUUCUAUAAUCUUCCUCCAACACAUAUUCUUCUAGUGAAAGGAUUUACCUCCAGCUAGAGAAAAGAUUCAAUCUCAACCGACACACACUGUGCUGCAGGAUUGUCAAGUAUUGAUAGACAAUCAAGAAACUUGACUUUCCUUUUCCUAUCCUCUUCACCUGAUUGGUGAGGCUCGUACCGAGGCUGAUGCAUGACCGUGACCCUAUAUUAAAUUAUAUACCCAAGAUGAGAAGGUCAUCGCAAACUCUAUUAUACAAGGCAAAGAAUACAAGAAGUAGAGUUAUUUCAAAGGGUAUAUCAGCUGGGAAUUCAAGGAACUGUUAUCGGGGCCUUGUUCAGGUUUUUUCACAGGCAGAGAAUGCUCAAAAUUCCUCCCAAUGUGAUUCAAUGCUUAUUGGAGAUAAUGCAGCUGCCAACACCUACCCAUACAUUGAGGUCAAGAAUCCCACAGCUCGCAUUGAACACGAAGCCAGUACCUCCAAAAUUGGUGAAGACCAGCUAUUUUACUUUCAGCAAAGGGGAAUAGACUAUGAGAAAGCCAUGGCUGCCAUGAUAUCUGGUUUUUGCCAGGCAGUAUUCAAUGAGCUUCCUGAUGAGUUUGGGUCUGAGGUGAAUCAACUGAUUGGCUUGAAGCUUGAAGGAACAGUGGCGUAGAUAAUUGUGACAGGACAUAUAAGGUGAGUCGAGCAAAUCCAAUCUUUUUGUCCUUAAAUAAUACGAGUUUCAAUACACUGGCAAUAAUACUACAUAUGUCUUCUGGGAAGAACAUACAUGAACUGCGGAAAGUCCAUCCGUUUUUGCAUUCUACUACUCCAUUUCUCCUCUAGCUUUUGGUUUUAGGUAUGGAUCUUUUAUGAGACAAAAGCAUAAGCUGAUCCACAAAGAGCAUUUGAUUUCAUUCACUCCAAUUGUGGCUUUUCUUUCUCCAACUGCAAAUCUAAUUCCUCAAAACGAACAAUCCUACCUUGAAUCUCUUUCAUUGCUUCUCCUGAUAUAGCCUUAAUUGACAUUUAACCCCUAAACAUAUACUCGUUUUGUCCCAACAAAAAAGAGCCUAUACUUUCUAAAAGGGAGUUGAAUUUGUACUCUCCCGGUUACAAUCUGCAUCCCUCGCCCUUCUAUUGUUCUGUUUUGUCUUUCCAACGUCUCUUAACAACUUAUAAUAUUUCUUAGCAGAUCCUUCACUGCUCUUGCCUCUUCUCAUUUCAUUUUCCUAUUGCUCUAAUUCUCUGUCGUCUUCCGUUUUUACAUCCAUGAAAACAAUUCAAACAAACAAAAAAUUCAAGGGUUGAUGGGUUAGACAGCUGUAGAGAGCAAGUCAAAUAUGUGCAUGAAUGUUGGAUAGGAAAUCUGGAUUCUGGACCGGAAUAUGGGGUUACAAAUACAAAAGAGGAGGUUCUAUUGGAACGUAGUUGACUCUAGAUAUCAAUAACUUUCCCACCCGGUGGAAAUCUGUACUGGUUGUCUAAGAAUCAGCCAUCUGUAGGUAGAGUAAAAAGACUACCAUCUACUCUAGUAUAUAAGACAAACAAACACAUAUUGAUGAAGUCAACGAGGAGCUGAGUAACGUUUUAGCUGCAUAUUCAAAUGAAUAUUGUUAAUGGUUUUUGUUAGCGAGGAUCUCUCUUCCUCCCCAAUCAAGUCAGCAUCUCCUAAAUUGAUUUGUUCAUAAUUGUAAUUAAUGUAGAGCUUGAUCUCCAAUCAUUCCUGUACACUAUAUAUAUAUAAAUAUUAAUAUCAAGGAAUAUAUUUUCUACAGUUUUAACUACUAAACAAAGUGGCUGAAACUUCAGAGAAAUGUACAACUGGUAAAAAAAAAAAUCUUUUUGAGCUGGUCAAUGGGGCGAACCUAGGUUUCAAUUAUUAUUUUUAUUGUUGAAUAGUUCAUUGGUUGUUUCGUUGACUUGACAUUUUUAUUGCUGGAGCCUGGAGAUAGUUGUCUUUAUUUAAAGUAGAUAGCAGAUUGGCAAAAGGCACAACCAUUCUGCAAUUUUACUUCACAUACAUCACUUGUUGUUAAUCAUUUUCCAUUGUGAUCCAGUUUCUAAUACAUACAAUGGCUGAAGCACUCAUCUUGAUGCUUCUAGAGAAAUUGGCUUCUGUAACUUUUCAACUCACAGAAAAAGAGGUGAGGCUGGUUUUGGAUGUUGAGAAAGAAGUUGAAGAAUUCUCUGGAAAUCUUGAAGCAAUUCAAGCUGUGCUUGAGGAUGCAGAGCAGAAGCAAGUCAAGGAUGCAAGCGUGAGGAAUUGGUUGGAUAAGCUGAAGGAAGUGUCCUUUAAGAUGGAUGACGUGCUGGAUGAGUGGAACACUGAAAUUCUGAGACAAAAAGUUGAGAGUCAAGAAACACACAAUGAAACUGCUCUUGUUACCAAGAAGAAGGUAUGGAUCUCUAUACCCUCUCAUUGCUUUUGUUUUGGACAAGUCAGUAGGGUAAUUCUUCGUCGUGAUAUUGCACUCAUCAUAAAAGAUCUGAAUGAUAAGCUAACUGUCAUUGCUAAUCAAAGGCAAGCAUAUAACUUGCAAUCCAUAGAAAGAAGUGCGGAACAACCUGAGCGAAAGAAGAGUUCAUCUUUUGUUGAUAUAUCCAAAGUUUUUGGUCGUGACAAUGAAAAAGAUAUUUUGAUAAGCAGAUUGUUGAGUGAGAAUAGUCAAGAAGAGAAGGCGCUCCUUGUCAUCCCUAUCAUAGGCAUGGGAGGAGUUGGUAAGACAACUCUUACCCAACUAGUGUAUAAUGAUGAAAAUGUUAAAUCCCAUUUUGAGAUGAGAAUAUGGGUUUGUGUCUCAGACCCUUUUGAUGAGAUCAAGAUUGCCAAAGCCAUUACUGAUGGUAAUGGUGUUUCAAAUUCAGAUGAGUUAGAAGCUGUCUUGCAAUGCAUGUCUAAAUCCAUUGAGGGGAAAAAGUUUCUCCUUGUCCUAGAUGAUGUAUGGACCCAAAAUCAUACAAAGUGGGAACAAUUAGAGUUACCUUUAAUGCAGAAUUGUGGUAAAGGUAGUAGAAUAAUUGUGACCACAAGAAAAGAGGAGGUCGCUAUUAUGAUGGGAGCAACCCCUCACAUGAUGCACUUGAAGCAGUUGAGUAUGCAAAAUUGCUUGUCAUUGUUCAAUCACAUUGUGUUUCUUGAUAGGAAAGAGGAUGAGUCUACUGUCUUCCGAGCUAUUGGUGAGGGAAUUGUGAAAAAAUGUAAGGGUUUGCCACUUGCUGCAAAGACUUUGGCGAGUCUCAUGCGCUAUAAGAAGACGAUGAAAGAGUGGCAAGAUGUUUUGGACAGUAAGAUUUGGGAUAUAGAAGGGUUUGAGCAACAAGUUUUUCAACCACUUUUUCUCAGUUAUCAUGAUUUGGCCCCUGCUGUCAGACGUUGUCUGUUAUACUGUGCUGCUUUUCCAAAAGAUUAUGUGUUUGAUAAAAAUAUCUUGAUUGAGCUCUGGAUGUCACAAGACUAUCUUCAUUCAAGAGGGAACCAUGAAAAAGAAGUCGUUGGUCAGAUCUUUUUUGAUAACUUAGUAAGGCGCUCUUUCUUCCAAGAUCUUGUGGAUGAUGAGUUUGACAUGCUUACUGUGCGUUGCAAAAUGCAUGAUAUUGUUCAUGACUUUGUGCAGUCCCUCACUGAGAAAGAGUGUGUCAUUAUGGAGUUAUCUGGUGCUAACAACAAAAAAGAGCCACUAGUGAGUAAUAAGUUGCGCCAUUUCACCUUAAUGUCUGCACCUGAGUUCCCAUCUUCUAUGUCAUCUCAGAAUUACAAGAAUCUGCGUACUCUCACAACUUUUAAUUGCAAAAUUUCUGCCAUAGACUUGAAGUUAAUUUCAGAACUGAGAUGUCUAAGAACAUUAAAUUUGAGUCACAAUGGCCUCCAAGAGCUUCCACAGAACAUUGGUGAUUUGAUACAUUUGAGGUAUCUUGACUUGUCUUUUAAUCGUUCUUUGAAGAAAUUACCCACCACUUUAGGUAAUUUAUUCAAUCUGCAAACCUUGCGCCUUCUGCGCUGCAGGGCACUUAAAGAACUCCCUAAGAGCAUGGGAAAGCUGAUUAACCUGAGACAUCUUUACAUUCAGUUUUGUGAUCAGCUGAAGUACUUGCCAAAAGGGAUUGGCAGAUUAACAAGCUUGCAAACACUAGACAUGUGCCCUGUUUAUGGCAGUGAAGAUGAUGAAGCAUUCAAGUUGGGGGAUUUGGGAAGCUUGGAUCAGCUUCAGGGUGCUCUCACCAUAAAAGUUUUGGGGGAUUGGAAGGAUGCAAAUGAGGCUGAGAAUGCCCGUUUGUGGAAUAAAAAACAACUUUUUUAUUUGGGAGUUGAUACUUCCGAUGACAACAUGUGUAGAAAAAGCAAUGUGAAGAUUUUGAAUCUCUUACGACCACAUCAAGAUUUAAAUUCUUUAGAGAUUUCUGUGUAUGAUGGCACCACCUGGCCUAAUUGGAUAAUGUCUUUGUAUAAUUUGAGAGUACUUAGUCUUGAUUCUUGUGCGUGUGAGUUUUUGCCUCCUCUUGGGAAAUUGCCAUUCCUUGAGAAGCUGUCAGUGAGCUAUAUGGCAAGACUGAAAAAGGUUGGAGUUGAAUUUCUGGGAAUAGAAGAAGCUCAAACGUCAAUGAAAUCAUCUAAACGUACUGUUUUGUUCCCAAAAUUAAAACAACUCCUGUUUUGGCGAUUGGUGAAGUUGGAAGAGUGGAACGGAAUGGAAGGGUGGAAAGAAGAAGAUUCUGACAUUACAAUAAUGCCAUGCCUUUCUAGCUUAAGAAUUAUGGACUGCAGCAAUUUGAGGCUUCUGCCAGACUUCUUGCAAAGAUCGCAACUGCAGAGUCUUGAAAUCAUUGGAAGUUGGAUUCUUGCCAGAUGUUGUGAAGAAGGCAGAGGAAGGGAGUGGCCCAAGAUCUCUCAUAUCCCAAACAUCAAAGUUGAAUACCCCAUUAAUGAUUUCAGGGCAAUUGCAACUCGUGGCUAUAUCCAUCUUCUAUAAUCUUCUGCCACCACAUAUUCUUCUAUUGAAAGGAUUUACCUCCAGCUAGAGAAAAGAUUCAAUCUCAACCGACACAUUCUAUGCUGCAGGAUUGUCAAGUAUUGAUAGACAAUCAAGAAACUUGACUUUCCUUCUCCUAUCCUGUUCAGUUGAUUGGUGAGGCUCGUACUGAGAAAAGACUGAGAAGAGUGAUGUAUCCCAAAACUCUUGUUUCAAGACUUUGCUUUCAAGUUUCCAAUAUAAAGUCAUCAGAAGACCAUAUGAGGCUGAUGCAUGACCGUGACCCUAUAUCAGAUUAUAUACCCAAGAUGAGAAGGUCAUCGCAAAAUCUAUCAUACAAGGCAAAGAAUACAAGAAGUAGAAUUACUUCAAAGGGUAUAUGAGCUGGGAAUUCAAGGAACUGUUAUUGGGGCCUUGUGCAGGUUAUUGGACGCCUACCCACACAUUGAGGUCAAGAAUCCCACAGCUUGCAUUGAACACGAAGCCAGUACCUCCAAAAUUGGUGAAGACCAGCUAUUUUACUUUCAGCAAAGGGGAAUAGACUAUGAGAAGCCAUGAUAUCUGGUUUUUGCCAGGCAGUAUUCAAUGAGCUUCCUGACGAGUUGGGAUCUGAGGUGAAUCAACUGAUUGGCUUGAAGCUUGAAGGAACAGUGGGGUAGAUAAUUGUAACAGGACAUAUAAGAUUAUAAGAUGAGUCGAGGAAAUUCAAUCUUUUUGUCAACGGGUGUUAAAUCCGAGCAGUUUGCAAGAGACCUUGUACGUUAUAAGAUGGCUAAAAUGUGCAUAAGUAUGUACAUAAAUAUUUGAUGUACAUGUGUAUCAUCUGUUGCCAGAUUGCCCACAAUAACUGAGAUAGAAGCACUAAUAACGUGCACAAAACAUACCUACAGAACUUUGCUUGUUGUUUGGCAUUAAUGUGCUGGUUAUGAAUUACGUUUUAAGCUCAAGAAUGUGUAUUAAGUUGCCCAUUUUACAGUUCUGUGUUGCUAUUACUUAUAAUUGGUAUAGAAAAGCAGAGUGCUUCAGGUUC